AUGCUCUCGUCCAAGACAAAUGAUGAUUAUGCGGUUAAUCUGGCGAAGGUUUUGGCUUCAGAGUCUACAUUAAAAGAGUUUAAGGAGCUUUAUUGUAUGCCUGAUGGAAAGAAACACACAACGGUGAUUAAAAUCGGUGGUGAAGUGAUUAUCAAUGAGCUUGAAAUACUGAUUGAAUCACUUCGCUUUAUGAAAGACACGGGUCUAUUUCCAAUUAUUGUACAUGGUGCAGGUCCACAAAUGAAUGAAGAGCUGAAAAAAGAGGGUGUGGAACCUCAAUAUAUUGGUGGUAAUCGCGUUACUGAUAAAAAAACGCUUGAUAUUGCACAAAAGAUCUUUAUCGACACAAAUGCAAAGCUUGUAGCUGCGCUUAAUGAGGCUGGUGUGUCUGCUAGAGGUAUUACGAGCGGUGUUAUACAGGCUGACGUUAAGGAUAAGGAUGUUUAUGGCUUUGUGGGUGAGGUGAACAAGAUCCAUGGCGACCUUAUCCAAGCGGCCAUUGAUGCGGGCCAAAUUCCUGUGUUGUCAUGUCUUGGUGAGAGCACAGACGGUCAGACACUCAAUAUCAAUGCUGACGUUGCUGCUCGCCAGCUUGCUCUCAACUUGCAGCCACUUAAAACCAUCUUUGUUAACGCAAAAGGAGGCUGGAUUGAAGAUGAUGGCACGAAACUCAAAACGAUCAAUAUGGCCAAGGACUAUGAGCGUAUGGCCGCGCGUGACUACACUGGUCGUCAAGGUACACUCCUUAAGCUCAACGAGAUCAAUACGCUUUUGCAGGGCCUUCCAGCAACCUCGUCGGUGGUACUCACAUCGGCAUCACAGCUGAUGCGCGAGAUUGUGAGCAAGAAAAGUGCGGGUACGACGUGCAUUAAAGGGGAAAAGCCUGCUACUACUAGUCCAAAGAGUAAUACUAAAACGUCGGUGGUUCCUCGCGGUCCUAAUAAAAAAUAUCGCGUUGGUCUGCUCGGCGCGCGUGGAUACGUGGGCGGUGAGCUCAUCCGUGUGAUUGGUCGCCAUCCGGAGCUGGAGCUCGUAUGUGCCAGUUCGCGUGCUCUGGCUGGGAAGAAAGUGGUAGAGGUUGCUUCUGCCCCACCACUCAAUCCUCAUACGAAGCUGCCGGCGAAACGAAUUGAGGAUGUAAAGCUGAACAUUGAUUCGGAGCUGGAGUUCUGCGAGCUCGGGCUAGACGGUAUUGCGACCUCACCGUUUGGAGAGAGCGUCGAUGUGUGGGUGGUGGCGUUACCAAAUGGGUACUGCGAGGACUACGCCACCGCUCUGAAUGCGCUUCGCCGAAAGGACAAGGUCGUCAUCGACUUGAGCGCGGACCAGCGGUUUAACUCAAAGUGGACCUACGGCUUGCCGGAGGCUCCGGGUGGACGUACGCGGUUGCAGGGUGCCACACACAUUGCCAAUCCCGGCUGUUACGCUACUGGUGCGCAGCUUGGAUUGAUGCCACUGCUUGGAGGUAAACCCGAGGUCAGCGGAAAGCUGAUUAAUGAGAGUGUUCCGCCACAUGUGUUUGGAGUUUCGGGCUACAGCGGUGCUGGCACAACACCCUCCAAAGCUAACGACUUGGACGUGCUUAAUGACAACAUUGUUGCAUACAAGUCGGUAAAGCAUAUUCACGAGCAUGAAGUUAGCUACCAGCUCGGUACGCCCGUUCGUUUCAUGCCUCACGUUGCACCGUACUUUCAGGGUAUCCACCUCACGUUGUCCGCGCAGCUUGCGGACGAUAAAGUAAUCACUUCGGCAAAACAAGCUGAGGAGCUCUACCAGGAGUUUUUUCUCAAUGAAGCUCUGGUGAAGGUUACACCGGACAUCCCGCUUGUAAGGGACAAUGCGUAUCGUCCACACGUGACUAUCGGUGGCUUCCAGUUGGACUCGAACACUGGUCGACUUGUGGUGAUUGCUACCAUCGACAAUCUUCUCAAGGGUGCAGCUACGCAGGCAGUACAGAAUAUUAACAUCGCGCUUGGGAUUCACGAGAGAGGUAGCAGACUGACAGAAAGGAAGUACUCGAGAAUGCAGAUGAAUGCUGUCAGUGAACGUCAGGCUUCACCUGAAAGUAGGUCAAACGUCUCAGCACCAUAA